AUGUUCGCGCCAGGCCAGGAACAGCUCUCCAAGGAGCAGAUCAAGGCUGGAGAAAUCCAGGCUUCGCAGACUGUUCGUUCUGCCGUCGCCGGUGCCAUCAUGCUCUACCUCUCCCCCUUCGCCGUUGAUUUUGUUAAGAAGUUCCUCUAA